AUGACCUACAGCGAUCGAUCGGGCGCGCGCUUCCUGCGCCUGCCGCGCCGCAUGGCGGGGGCCGCCGCCCUGUGCGCCGCGGCCGCGGCCUGCAGCGGCCUCAGCCCGCCGCCCACGCGCCUGGACGCGACACGCCGCCCCGUGCCCAUGGGCGCCGACGCCGCGUGCGCGCAGCUCGUGCCGCACGCCGUGACGUGCCCGCUCAAGGCGCAGCAGCUGCAGACGCCGCGCGUGGACUCGUGGCGGCUCGCGCGCAGCCGCCUGCAGCAGGAGUACGACCUGGAGGGCGUCAUCGGCGAGGGCGGCUUCGGCCUCGUGCACGUGGCGCGGCACCGCGCCUCCAACGCGCGCGUGGCCGUGAAGCGCGUGCCCAAGCAGCGAACGACCAAGGAGAGCUUCCUGCAGGAGGUGGCCAUCCUGCGCCAGGUGGGCGGCACGCACAACGUGCUGCAGCUGCGAGACGCCUUCGAGACGCAAGACGCCUACGUGCUCGUAACGGAGCUCGUGCAGGGCGCCGAGCUGUACGACGACCUGGUGGAGCACGGCGUCUUCGGCGAGCAGCGCGCGAAGGCGCUCGUGCGCGAGCUGGCUGUGGCGCUGCAGUACCUGCACUCGAAGCACGUGACGGGCAUGCGCCUCAUCGACUUCGGACAGUCCUUCCGGCUGCACGACGCGCGCCGCAAGGUGGACGCCUGCACGACGGCGUACGCGUCGCCGGAGUUCAUCGAGCACCGCGAGUCCAGCUGCGCCAUGGACGUGUGGGCGCUGGGCGUCGUGCUGUACAUUGUGCUCUGCGGCCUGCACCCGUUCGACCCGACGGACGACGCCAGCGACGAGGAGCUGCAGCGGCGAAUCCUCAAGGGCGACUUCGACCGCGAGUCGGCCGGCUGGGCCUGCAUGUCGGACAGCGCGCGGGGCCUCGUGUGCCGCAUGCUCAACGUGGACCCGGAGCAGCGCAUCAGCGCCGCGCAGGUGCUCGAGCACGAGUGGCUCAACAGUGCGUGA